AUGCGAGCCUUGAUCAUCACCAUCCUGUCGGCGUUUCUGCUGCUCCAUGGUGUCUUCGGAUCUUUCCUCAACGUCAGGAACAAGUGCGGCUUUCCCGUCUACUGCUCGGCUGCCCGGAGCGAUCCUCCGCAUGGAACCUUCACUCCCAUCCAGAAGGUUGCUGCGGGUGCAACCUGGAGGUCCCCUCUGGAGGCCAGACCGAACAACAUCGGCGCCGUCAUGAAGUGCUCUCCAGACCCCAAGGUCCCCGACACCAACCAGUACCAGUUGGAGUUGACCGUGCACGGAGACAACGGCCAGUCUUGGCUCGACCUCUCGAUCGUCAACGGACAGCCCUUCACCCCCUACCAGCGUGCGGCCCACUUUCCCUCCAUGGGAAACAAGUGCACCAGGCUGCAGUGCGCCCCGGGAGACCACUCUUGCGAGUGGUGCCCGAUCGUUGGACAGACGACCUGCACCCCUCCUCGCUACAUCGUCUGCGACACCACUUCGGCCGACGCUUGGAUGUACCUCUGUGGAUAUGGCAAGAGGGAUGUCUUGGAGGAAAUUGAACAGUAUGGUUCUUGA